AUGCAUAACUCAAGGGAGAACUGGAAUGAGUCGCUCGCCUCUAGUAGAGAAAGUUCCAAAGCUGUUGCAGUUGACGAACAAGUCAUAACUCCAGUCUACAAUUCGCAGAAGAUCGAACCAAACACAGUCAUUGAAAAUGAUGCAGCAUCACAAGAGAAGAUAUAUCCAAGCGGAUGGAAAUUCCUUCUUAUCACAUUGGGCAUCAUGGCUGCCGUUUUGGUAGUUGCUCUCGAUAACUACAUCAUAUCAACGGCUAUCCCUCGAUUAGCAACAGACUUUAAGUCAAUUAAUUUGACUGGAUGGUACAGCAGCUCUUAUUUUUUGACAAUCAUGGCCUUUCAGCCAGCUCAUGGACAGAUAUUUACAUUCUUUUCAGUAAAAUGGGCAUUCUUGAUUAGUAUUCUUUGGUUUGAAGUUGGUUCUAUCAUAAGUGCAGCCGCUCCGAAUUCAAUCGCCUUCAUUUUUGGGCGCCUGAUUUGUGGUGCAGCUGCAGGAGGGAUUUGGUGCGGAACAUUUACCCUCGUUACCAAUGUUGUUCCUCCUGCAAAGCGUUAUCUAUACGUGUCAGUAGUUACUAGUAUGUAUGGUGUUUCCUCCGCAGCUGGACCGCUUCUUGGAGGCUUGUUCACAGAUUCGAAGCUCACUUGGCGAUUCUGCUUUUGGUUAAACCUGCCUAUCGGUUUUAUUGCCUUCUUUUUGAUAGUAUUUUUCCUUGAACCACCAGAGUUAUCGGAGCUUGGGAAAAGCCUGACUAUAAAGCAAAAGAUUAUGAGGAUCGACUUCUUGGGCACGCUCCUUCUGAUUACAGCAUUCACUUGCUUUUUUCUCGCAGCUCAAUGGGGUGGUACCACAUACGCAUGGUCUAAUUCCAAGGUUUGGGGUUGUAUACUUGGAUUUUUCCUUCAAAUAGCAGCGUUCAGUUAUCUCCAGGUUCGGUUCCAAGAUCGCGCAACAAUCCCCAUUCGAGCAUUACGAAACUUCACAGCCUUACUGUGCCUCCUUUAUCAACUUUUUAUUUCCAUGGUCAUAGCGGUACAGAUUUAUUAUUUACCAUUCUACUUUCAGUCCGUACUUGGGCAUUCCGCGGCUUCAUCCGGAGUUCUCACUCUACCUUAUGUAAUGACGCUACUUUUUUCGCCAAUGGCUAGUGGUGCUUAUAUUACCGCCUAUGGUCAUUACAUCUCAAUUAUGUAUAUUGGGGCUUGCCUGGCUGUCGUGGGUUCUGGACUAUUAUCUACACUCACUAUCACAAGCAGCCAGGCACAGUAUGUAGGCUACCAAGUCAUAGUCGCUUUGGGAGCUGGAACAGUUCAGCAGAUUGCCUUUACAGCUGUGCCUUUGGCACUUCCACCAGCGGAUGUAGCGACUGCGAGUGCGCUGGUAUCUUUCUGUAAUAGUCUUGGGCCGGUAGUAGCCCUUACUGUUGGAAAUAUCCUCUUCACUAACCUCUUUGGAAGCAAAUUGGCAGAAAUUCCAGGAUUAAAUGGGAAGAUUACUGCAUCAGAAAUCAAGGGACUGGUAGACCUUGGAACACUCGUACCAGCCCAGUACGUGGAAAGUGUCAAACAAGCAUUAUCGUUCGCGUUGAGCCGGACGCUUGUGUUUGCGAUACCAGCUGCAGGAUUAGCCGCAUGCUGUGGUUUCGUGAUCCAGCUUCUUUCUUGGAAAAAGAAAAGAAUAAGCAGUCCAGCGUCGGGUGAAAUGACGGGAGAAAGGCUUCAGGGGAGUGAUGAGAAGGUCUAA